AUGGAAAAGAUUUAAGAAGCCGAAAAUAUAUUAACACCUUCUCACAUUUAAAAAGAAUUUCUAAGCGAUAUUAACUAUAAAAUUUUAUCUGCUAUGUUUGUUAUAGAGAAAAUGCGAGUAUCACUUCAAAUGAGCGAUUUAAUUAAAUCUGUAAAGAUCUUCUUAAAAAACGAAGAUAUGCUUAAAAGUUUAAAUUAUAUAGAGGAUGCUCUUCAAAAAUCUGACCUAAAAACAUAAGAGAAAAGGAAGUAUGAAUUUUUUUUGUUAAUUAAAAGUUAAAUCUACUUAAUUUAUGCUUUCACCAUGCAAAAAGUUCAGUAAUUUACACAAAGUAUUAGUGCCUACGAAAUCUAUUUAAAUUUAAAGGAGAAGUUACUUGAUUUUGAUUUUGUGAGUUAUUCAUUUAAAUAGAAAGAAUAGUAAAACGCAUAUUAUUCUAUGUAUCUUUACUUUUAUUACAAAUAUUGCAAAUCGCUUACGAAAGAUAAAUAAGACGAAAAAGCAUUGUAAUCUAUUUGCAAGGGGAACUUCAUGCUCAACAAAUUCUAUUCAAACGAUUUUAUUAAAAAAGAAGACAUUCAAAAAUUCACAAUAAAAUUUUCUUAACUAAACUAAAAAGUUGAAGAUAUGAUCAAACAAAAUGUUGUUAGUAACAUUCACAAGCAAAAUUAAAUUUUAAAUAUUCAGUCUCCUAAAUUCAAAGAUGAAUAACUCAAGUAAUUAAGGUUAUAUUUUAAAAUGUCGAAGCAAAAUGCGUAGAAAAAAGACUAAAGUAAUCUUAAUAGAUCGAAAAGUGAAGGAGCUAUAUAAGCUAAUUCGAUGAACAACGAUUCUAAUGGAAAAAUAGAAAUAUCUAAAAUAGACAUUGAAAAGAUUGAACAAAAUUCUAAAAAAGAAGAGGAACUUUAGGAAUCUAAGUAAAACAGUCUAAAAGACUAGAACUCAUUUAUUAGCAAUUUAGAUUAUUUAAAUAGCUUUCUUGAUGACGAAUAAUUAGAAUAAAGCUAUGGUAAUAACAAAUUUAAUUAGAUGGAAUACGAUUAGCUCUACAAUAAUCUUAAAACUGAGGAAGAAGAAUAGAACAUCAAUGAAAAAUAUAAAAAGUUGAUUGUUAAAAAAUAAAUAGACAUUAAAGGGCUCACUGAUAGAUAGCAACCUUAAAAGUUAACUCCUUUAAAUGUCUUGUUAGCAAAAAGCGAUAUUAUGAUGGACUAAUACUUUAAUAUUUAGAAAUUUUAAACAGAAUAUGGACAAAUAAAUCAAAACGAAACAACAAAAACCAUUACAGAACCAAAAUAUGAAAACAAAAAUGUAUCAAAAGCAUUUGAUAAGUACAAUAUUAUAAAAUAAGAUUUAGCAUUAUCAUAGAGAUGCAAAUCUUUGCAUUUUAAUGAAACAUUACCUAUGAAUCAAAUUACAAACAUAACUUAAAUGAAUGCAUCAAAUAUAAAUACUUAGCUCGAUUCGAGGAGAGUCAGUAACCUUCAUUCUUAAAGAUACAAAAACAACUCGCUUUGGUCUUAAAACUCUUAGCUAAUGUCUGCAAAUUACUCAAGAGAUUUGUAACGAAGAAAUUCAGGCCAAAAUAAAUUAAUAGUAAACUAAGCCAAUAGUAUAACGAACUCCUAAAUUAAGCAAACAAAAAGAGGAGAUGAAAGUAAUAAAAACUAAUAAAUAGAACGAGUUAACACCAAUGAAAAUUUCUUAACUAAAAAAAAGCUAUCUUUAAAUCUAAAUCUAAAUAAAUUAAAAGAAGAAAAUUAAUUUUCUCAAAAUGAAUCAUAGCAGCUUUAGUUAAAGCAAUAAAUAGUAAACCAAUUUAAAAAUAAACACAUUUAAGUUUAUUCAAACGCCUUUAGGACAAAAUCUGGCUCAAUAACCGAAAGGCCUAGAUCAUCUAUCAAUAACAACACACUUUUGGUUUAGAAAAUAAGAAAUAACAAACUUUUUUCUUAAGAUAAAUAAAAUGACUUUAAAGUUAAAUCAGCUCUUACUUCUCCUAGAAAUAGCUAAAAAACUGACUAAACUAACAGAUAAAAAUAUAAAACACCCAUUCAUUAAAGGAUAAAAAAUAAUUGCGAGCUAAUAAAAGAUUUAGAUAUUGAAUUUGAGCUGUAGUAUCUAAUGAUAAUAAGAACAACCUUAAAUCGGAGUCUCUGCAUCAAAAAUACUUGA